CGUGGCGGUAACAGUUCCACGCCGACCGCCGCAUUAGCACAACAAUCGCUCCGAAAUCGACCUCUCAGAGAGGUCGAUAGUGUCGAAAGUGCAGAGGAGUCUCUAAUAAAUCCUCCGAUCGUCUCCAAUUUUCUCAGGAAAUUCUCAGGAAUUUCCCUGAACCUUCGAGCUCCAUGACGAUUUCUCCAUAGAGCCGCCUAGGAGUCUCUGGGGAAGAUGAAGAGCGGUCAGCUGGGCCUCCUCCUCUGGAAGAAUUAUGUCGUGCGAAAAAGGCAACCGGGCAUCCUCGGACUGGUGUUCCUGUGGCCGGUCGCCAUCUUCCUGAUCCUCUUAACUGUGAGGGAGAACGUUGAUCCGGAUUACUAUCCGACAUGCCAGUUCCCGUCGAGACGAAUGCCUCACGAUGGAUUGCUCCCCUUCGUCCAGAACUUCGUCUGCACGGUCGGCAACCCCUGCGAGCCGUUGUCGGAGUACGAGGACGUGCCAUCCUUCGGGACCUCCACAUUAGGACCCCUGAUGAUGAGGAUGCAGACAAUCCUGGAGAACGACACCAGACUAGACGCCGUGGAGACGCUACCAAAGGGCAUCCGACUCAUCAAAUCCAUGGCGGAGAUCCUGACGAGGCCGGACAUAAAGAAGAUCUUCGAAAGGGGCCUUCGAGUCGGGGAUAUCUUCAAGAACCGUAAGGAUGUCAAGGAGUUCCUGCGGUCGCGGGUGCCGGGUCUGAAGGACGAUUUAAUCGACGGCGUCUUCGACGCCUCGGUGAAACUGUCCAGCCUGAUCGAGUCGGUGGGCUCCGUCAACGUAGAGGAGACCGUUUGCUCCCCGGAGAUGCUGAAGAGGUACCUGAUCCUGGAGAGGGAGGAGGACCUCUUCAAGGUGUCCAACGCUCUCUGCAAUGUCGACCCGAAAAUGCUUCCUGGGAUCCUUGAACACGCCUCGAAGCAGCUGGAUUUCGUCGGCCUCCUGAAAAUGGUGAACCGGGUGAUGGCCAAGUUUCGGGAUUACGACCUCUUCCAGGACCUCAGCAAGGCUGCCGACGCCAUUUUGGGCAUGGAGGUCGUUCAGAAAUACGUGCCGAGCUAUCUCAGACUCCACGAGUGGGUGCCCAGGGUUAUUCCUCUCUUCAGGAACGUCACCUUCAAGCAGAUCGACCUUCUCUUCAUCAACAAAUCUUUGUCAGUGCUGGACCCCAUUUUCGCGAACGAGACCGAUUGGCCCAUCGCUCGGGAGGGAUUCCUCAGGAUGAACACCUUGUUGGAGAUGUUGAAGGCCAUCCUCAGCAAUAACAAUAGAUCUUCAGACCCCGAGCACUCCGAUCUUCAUGGUGAUGAUUUCAAUCCCUUCUCGUGGGAUCCGAAAAGGAUCAACGAGGUCGCCAAGAUCCUGGACGCCGCGUACAUGGUUCUCCAAAAUGGCGUCAAGCUCACCGGGAAGAUCCUCACGAGGCACGAGGACGACAUACAGAUAUCCCCCGACGUCCUCGACGCCCUCUGGGACUUUUUUUCUCAGAACAUCAUGAGCACCGGGACGCAUUUAAUCGCCAUGAUGCAAAACGUCGUCCUGGCGACCCACCACAUCGCGAUGCUGCACUCGGAGUCGUCUCACAGGAUCUACAGAAUUCUUCAGGAUCACGAGGACCUCGUCAAGAGGAUCUUCAGGGACCUUGAUCCUGAAGUCUUCCGAGUAGCCGUGCGAUCCUUCUCUCGGCUGGACUUUGUCGAGAGGUUCUUGAUGAGCUCCAGAAAGUCGGGGCCUGGGAAAUUAUUCUGCAAGAAGGAGACUUUGGAUGAGGUUUUUAGAAAUUUCACGGGACUUCGAGGACAGGAGGUCGUCGUCAAGGACCUCUUCUGCAGCGACGAGGGGAAGCUCUUCGUCGGCGAGAUUUACGACAGCUUUGAAUUCAACAAUUUCCGGAAAAUCGUUGAGAGCACGUUGUCGACCUUGAUCAGCAUGGCUUUUCGUCAACCGGUGCCGAUCGAGAGAGCGAAUGUAACUUCUGCCUUGAAGACCAUCCGGGAGUUUGUUUCUUACUUGAAGACCGAGCCAAAGGAUGAUCCUGAUUGGCCGAUUUUCCAGCCUCCACUUAAAUGGACCGAGGCUUUCGAGGACAGUCGAUCCAUGGGCAGGAGUGACUUACUGGGCAUUCAUCUCACCAUAACCAAGAUGGUCGGGUCUCGAAGUCUCUCGUUUAUAACCAUCAAACCUGACCUAGAGAAUAUGGACGUGCUGGCUGAUAGUGUCCUGAAGGACCUUCGCGAAAGUCCCACAAACUGGAUCAACGAUAUAAGGUUCCACCUCUUCGAGAUGUUGGAAUCGUUCUACCUGACGGUCACUGAUAGGCCAAAGACCUUGAAGAUUUUGGAGUACUCCAACUUCACGGAUGCAUACUGCACCCCGACUGCACCUAAUCUCUUGAACUUCCCUGAAGGAUCGGAUUCCAGGCUUUUGAAGCGAUUGGUGUGUCGAUCUGCGAAUUUGGCCUUGAGGAAACUCGAGUUGAACACCACCCAGGUGAAGCUUGAAGAAGAGGAACUGAAAGGGGCCAAAGACUUCAACUGGACCGCAUUUAAUGAGAAGAUAGUCGUCAUUUAUGGAUACAUCGACUCCCUCGUCCAAUGGAAGGACCCAAAAUUCAACAGCACGGCCUUGAAGAUGUUGAAGUCAGACUUUGUCGAGUCUUGGACGCAGAAUGUUACCUUGAGCGAGUCCGUGGAAAUUAGCGUAGGUCUCCUGUGCAAGCUCUUCGAUGUGAUGGAGCGUCCUUUAUUCGGGAUCCAGCUGAAGCCGGAGUGGAAAACCGUAUAUUCCUUAGCGUGGGCAGCGGAUGUCGUCUUUCGAGAUGUCGAAAACGUGGUGGACCGGAUUCUGUCUAAAAACGGGUCCGCAGAUCUUUCGGACAUCCUUUAUGAUUUACCUCAGACCGCCAUUUUGACGGAAGUGCUGCUAAGAAAUUUGGCCCCACUCACUCUGGAUCUCGUCGAUGCAGGGACCUUAAUGACGCCAGUGCACUUUAUUUCCGCCAUCUCUAAGUACAAAGAACGAGAGCCCCAUUGGCCUUGCAUUCAUGCAGAGAGCCUUGGAAGUGUCCUCGAAUUCAGGAAUGGCAGUCGUCAAGUGAUUCGUGAGAUCGAAAGGAUAUUGUGCAAUCCAGGACUGCUCCUCAGGGAAUGGGAGGAACAUCCUGUCCUGUCGAAAGUUAAUAAAAUUGUGCACCAGGACGAGUCCGUGGAGAUCUCCUCCUUCAAUUGGACAGCUGGAUACAGGAAACUGCGACGUUUCGACGGGAAGAUGAAUCUCCUGUUAAACCAGACGAUAGUCCUGGUCGACGUACCCGAUCUGCUGAAUUACACCAGAAAGUUCCUGCCGGAAGUUCGCAGGAUAAUCCGGGAGAGGACGCCAAAGGCGAAUCGCACGAUCUGGACGGUGAUGGACUAUAUCGAUCAGGAGAUCGACAAAAGCGUGGAGGUCUUCAGGAGUAACAAAUCAGCGAGCUCCAUUUGGAACAAUCGGAAAAGGUCCCCGAAGGACCUUGACGAUGUCUUGGUCUUAGGGAAGUUCAUCUCCCACGUGGCCCACGAAUCCGUGGCUCUGGUUUCUAACAUUCUUCGGGAAGACUCCGAGGCGAUUAAUCUCUUCACCUUGCUGGGCUUCACCGAGGGCAGUUCGAUUUCGAUUGCCUAUAAUCGACUUGCAUACAUCCUGGCGACUUUCAUCAGCGGCUUGUCCGAUCCUCUGUUCGAGAAUCGAUUGUCUCGAUCCCUGGCGAACAGGAGGAUGCCGAGUAUAUCCUGCUCGGACAUAUUCUCCUGGUUCGCCGACUUCAGGAUCGGCAUCACCACCGAAGAGUACCGGACCCUGAAGAACUUCACCUGCGACGGCGACCCGGAGAACUUCAACGCCUUCACCGACCUCUACAUCCAAGAGAUGACGACCUGGAGGAAGCCAACUUCAAGCUACAGAUCCCACUUCUUCAGCACCGCGAGAGACCUCCACGACGUGGUGAAACUCGCCAUGAAGACUGUCAAUAAGAAGGUACCGAUCGUCCAACCGUUCUCCAGGAAGUACUUCGAGAAGACCUUGUACACCUUGAAGAACGUCCUGGAAGCGCGGCGGAACAACGGCCUGAUGUUCAAGAACCUGAAGACGGAGCCAGACCUGAGGAACUACCGAUUGACAAUGGAAGGCCUAGCCGAGAUUUUGUCCCACGUGGCGACGGCUUUGGAGAACGCGAAGGUCGGGAAUAACGAAUUGAACAGUUGGCAGUUGGUGGAGGAGAGUGACGUCCGGCAGCUUUUGAAGCUCCUUGAAGCCCACCCUGAAGAGACCAUCACCUUGAUGGCGACCAUUGGUCGAGUCAACGCGACCAAUCCUAACAAUGCGACCUUCAGGGAGACCAGGAAGGAAUUAUGCCAAUUCCGUAUCGAACAACGAUAUUGGAUCCAGCCCAACGCCACCCACUUCCUGAACGAAGUUUGCUCCUACGACCCGUACCAGUUGCUGAAGAGCGUCACCAGCGAUGAGUUCCUUGACGUCAUCCUGGACCGAGCGUCGACCCUGAAGACCAACGAGACCUUGAUCUCUUCAGUGACGAGACUGGUGACAGCCCUCUUGAACUUGAGUCAAAGACAUCCAGGACUCGUCUUCAGGUCGAAUAUCGUCAACGGCACCACCUGGAGGAAUCUAUCCAACGAGACCUGGGCCGUGAUUCGCCGAACCACGAAGUCCUGGAUGAACGAGAUCAUCGUGGCCAACAGAUCUUCUACUGGGAGCUCAACCCCGAAGACUGUCAAUGAAGUUAUAGGCAAUGUUGUGCUGUCAUUGUUCGAGCAGAACCCCAUGAAGCCGGCCAGUAGGGUUCUUCAGAUACUCAGCCACCUGGUGGACCUGUCUUCUGGCGGCGAUGUUUGGCAGAAAUUGAGGACCAUCUACGAGGGGUCGAGGAUAAAGCCACUACUCAACAUCGUGGAGGACAUGCCUAAUCUCGUAAUCACUUUCGUGGACACUUUCAUUAACUCCGACAGGCUGAGCGACUUCGUGGGGAAGCUGAUGAAGGGGGAAGCGACCUUUUGUAACCUGGAUAAGUAUUUAAUAACGCCAGGGUUCAUGAGGAACAAGGGUCUCCUGUCUACCAUCAGCAGCUUUUGUCAGAGGAUCGUCCUGCACCCGGAACCCCUGAUCGCCCUCGAUUUCUUUCCCGUAGACCUGAAGAGCGAGGUCGAUCAUUACGCCUACAACGUCACGAGCAAAGUCGGCUCGAACGAGUCGGUCGUCUUGAAGUUAAACGAGACCUAUUUGCUGGAAAAGUUGGACCGAUUCCAGAGCUCCGUGAUCCGGGCCUCGUCGGAGCCCUUCAGGAAGCCGAAGGUCCCGACGUGGUGGACGUCCUUCGAGGAGGGUACCCUGAAGGACUUCCUGAAGCUGUAUGGUAGCAAGGACCUCCACGAGCUGUCUCACACCUCCGUGAAGAGGGCGACGGCGAUCCUGAAGAGCGUCCUCGACUCCUAUUCCAAGAAGUGCGACUGGUGCUCCAACGUCCUCCUCCGGGCGAUCAAUUCCCAGCUGGCGAGGCACGCGAACUACACCAGACUUCUCUGCGACUUCAACCUCUUCAGCUUUGCUCAGGUCCAGGACACCCUGGCCCGGGACUUCGGCUGGAACGAAACUUUCGACCUGCUCAGAAAACGCGACCCUGAAGAGGGGACCCUGCAAGACCUGGUGUCGGCCUUCGAGGUCACUCUUCAUCAUCUGACCGACCUUCUGCUGGACUUGUUCAGUCCUUCUGGACGAGUCAAGUCCUCGAGCUGCUUCUUCACUGUCGCGAAUACCACAUCCUUCCACAGGCCGAAAUUUUACGUCGCUCUCCUUUUGGGCGGUCUGGAAGUUUUGUACAAGAACGUGGAAAUGCUGGACACCACGGCGCACCAUGAAGAGCUGACGGAGAUGGCGAAGUUGGCCGAAAAGAGGGUGCCAAUCUGGAAGCCUCUUCGGGAUGUCGUGGCCAAGGCUGAUCAGGACCUCGUCGACAAGCUUCUUCCCGAAGCCAGCAUCAACGUGAACAUGAUGAUGAAGGAUGGCCACCCGACGUUGUGCAACUCGUCCGAAAUUUGCCGAAAUUCCUCCGUCUUCUACAACUUCCUCAGCUCUAAGCGAGCACCUAGAUUCGUUAGAUACGACCCUAGGGCGUCGAAUUUCGAGAGUGUUUCGAAGAUCUCCGAGACACUGGCUAGGAGUUUGGAUUUGGAGCUGAUCGAACGGAUGGGUCCGACCUGGAGGCAAGAAACAAACUGGGACUUCACCUGGCUGAAGGAGUUGCUGAAACAUUUAAUGAACGUCCUCGAGGAGAGCGGGAGUCUCCUGGACACUGCUAGUAAAAUCGAUUUCGAGAACGUCUCCAACAUCCUGGGAAUCCCUGAAGUGGGCGACGGGAUAAUCAACAUCCUGAGGAACAAAACCGUCGACAAGCUUUUCCAAGGGCUGACCGAGAUCCUGGACAAUGUGGAACCUUUUGUUAAGGACCCAGAGUUGAUGAAGAGCCUGCGAGAUAUGCUGGGCGUUGUGGAGUCGAUGGAGAUCUUCAAGAACCUGGGGCUGUUGGACAUGAAGCACACCAUAAAAAAUGUCUUCAACAACUGGGACUCCCUGAUGACGUAUCUCGUCGAGAAGGUCAACAUCCCGAAGGAGGUGGCGGCGAGUCUGGGCGAAGCCAAGCUGGACAUGCUCUCAGUCUUCCUGAAGGAGAGGAACGUCGUAGGCUUGAAGAGCACCUUCUGUUCUCCAGAAGAGUUAGCCGACAUUUUCAGUUUCGAGAACACGACGGUCACUGCUGAGGAAAUCAGCGAAUCUCUUUGCCAACUGGAUGACAGUCAGACGCAGGACAUCAUGGUCGCCAUAAUCCGAAAUCUGGACUUCGGGUACCUCUUCGACAACCUGAUGAGCGCCAACGUGAAGAACAUCCUGGCGAACGCCAACCUGACCAAAACCGAGGGGGACGCCAUUUUCAAAAACAUGGGAGUCGUUUCCGAAAUUCUACCCCUCUUCAAGGAUAACCUACCUAGUGUCACGGCAUCUUCAAGGGUCGCAGACGAAGACGAGCUUGAAGAGUACCUCAGUGGCAAAUUCCUGCAAGACGCGAGUGGAAUGAUCUGUGGAAGACCACUGGUCACUGAUAGCAGCACUUUUUAUCGCGUCCUCUCCAGCAUCGAGGACAACAUGAAGAACUUCGACCAAAGGGAACUCGAGUCCUUGCCAACCGACUUCUGCCGAGAAACGUACAAAAGUGUCUUGAGGAUGAGCGGAGGGAAGAUCAUCUGGUCGUACGUGAAGCCUCUUCUUCGGGGUCGCAUUUUGUACUCCCCGAAGACGAAGGUCACCGAAAAAGUGAUGAACCUCGCAAACGGGACCUUCGCCCAGAUGGAAAGACUCCACGUGAUGCUGGGGGGUUUCGAGGAGACCCUGACAUCCUUGGGAGACCUCGCGGACAUGGGAGAGAACCUGAAGGACCUGCAAGAAGUGAUGUCUUCCAAGGUCAUGAAAUUAGCGGUGAAGUCUCUGAGUAAAGAAGACUUCAAUGGGGAUCUAUCGGGUCUAGAUCUGAGCGAAGUCGCUUGGAGGAUGAGGAGGUCGAAGAAGGUGAUUCAGAUGGUGAAGAUGUUGAACGAGCUUCUGGACUGCGUCCUUGUGGACCGGGUCAAAGGAUUCGGGACUGAAGAAGAACUUGAAGCCGAAGCUGGCAGGCUGAUGGACACCAACGAAUUUUUGGCUGGCGUCGUUUUCCUGGAUGAAGGACCAGGACGAUCCAAGAGGUCCUUGGACGAUGCUCUUCCUCAGGACGUGACGUACAAGAUCCGCAUGGAUGUGGAUUACGUCCCUUCGACGGCGAGGCUGAAGAAGCAGUUUUGGAUCCCGGGUCCUGAGAGCAGCUUCGUCGAUGAUCUCAGAUAUCUGAGAGGGUUUGUGCAGCUGCAGGACACCAUCGACAGGGCUAUCGUGAAGCUGAAGACAGGACGCGAGGCAAAGUGGAAGACCCUUAAUCGGCAGAUGCCGUAUCCUUGCUGGGAGGACUCUUCAUUCGUCUCCACUCUCUACGAGUCCCAGGGUGUGCAAGUCUUCUUCUUCUUCGCCCUGAUGAUGUGUGUGGGAUCAGCAGUGAAGUACAUCGUCUGGGAGAGAGAAUCUCAAAAUGCAAUGGUGAUGAGUGUGAUGGGUCUGAAGCCAUGGUGGAACACCCUCUCCUGGUUCAUCACCACCAUGAUCGAGUUCAGCAUAGUGAUGGUUUCAAUUUUCACGAUUCUGAUCGCUGGAAAAAUCCUGCCACGUUCCGAUCCCUUCCUGGUCUUGAUUCUUCUGCUGGAUUACGCCUUCUCGACGGUGACUUUUUGCUACAUGAUAUCCACGAUGUUCAGUUCAACGAGUCUGGCCGCGGUUACUGCUGUGGUGAUGUUCCUCUUGACGUACAUGCCCUACGUGAUCGUCAUCGCGAUGGAGGCCGCCAUGGGGUUCGGGUACAAGCUCCUCAUCUGCCUCAGCAUGUCCACGACAUUUUGUUACGGGUGUCUCUUCACCGUUCGUAAAGAGGUCCAGGGCACUGGGAUGCAGUGGAAUCAUCUUUGGGCCGAGCCGAGUCCUGGGGAUCAGAUGUCCUUGGGCCUCGUCCUGGGAUUGAUCGCCUUGGAUGGGUGCAUAUACGCUCUGAUUGGGUAUCUCGUCGCCAGGUACACUAACUCAGGAAAGGGCUUUCAUUGGUUGCGAUCGCGUAGCUUAUGGUGGGCCAACACUCGCGUUCUUCAUGGCAGGCCAAGCUACUUCAGCAUCGUCAACAACCUCUAUUUCACUAACGAUGCUCUGCACCCUUCGGCCACUUACCAAGAAAAGAAGAUGGCGAUGAGUUCAUUGUUCGUAAAGAAAAUGUUCAGCAUGCAGAAAUCAGUUUUUCCUGCUUUUCGUCGGCAACCUCUGCUUUCUUCUUGCCUUUGGUGGUUCUUGUGCGAUCCCAGAUCCUUGUUCUCCUGCUGGUCCCGCGACUUUGAAGAGGAUUCCUUCUUCAGCAUGUCUCUCGCUUCUGAUAGGACUGCGAAGUGGGGUGACGAAACCGACUCCAGCGGAUUGACGAUGAACGAGAAGGAGAUCGGGGUCAGGUUCGAAGCCGUUCGCAAGGUCUUCAAGACGGACCAGGGCGAGAGUGUCGCCGUUGAUGACUUUUCCCUGAAGCUCUGCGAAGGAGAAGUUACCAGUCUUCUGGGUAGGAACGGAGCCGGAAAGACGACGAUCAUCAAGAUGCUCACCGGGAUGCUGAGCCCAACCUGUGGGGAGAUUUACCUGAACGGAGAAGCAGGAAGCAAGCCAAAAAUUGGGGUCUGUCCACAGGACAACGUCCUGGUGAACAAUCUCACUCCCAGGGAGCACACCCUUUUCUACGCCAGACUGAAGAAACCUGAAGAGACCAACGAGCAGGAGAUACUCAAGGAUGUGAAUUCGAUGUUAUCCUCGAUGGAGCUCGGCAGACAAGAAAGGGAGCCAGUGUCCCGUCUCUCUGGUGGCACCAAAAGACGACUUUGCGUGGCUUUGGCGUUUCUGGGUUCCCCUAAACUUGUCAUCCUGGAUGAACCAGGUGCGGGGGUGGAUCCUGCAGCGAGAAGGAAAAUCUGGCGACUGAUAGACCAACAUAGACAAGGCAGGACCGUUCUCCUCUCGACCCACCACCUAGACGAGGCGGACAUGUUGAGCGACACGGUGGUCAUCAUGCACCGGGGCAAGAUUCUCUGCUCAGGUUCCCCGACUAUGCUGAAGACCACCUACGGCCAGGGCUACAAGCUGAUCAUCAAUUUUCCUCUUCACGACCCUAGAGGGACGAUCGAUGGAAAGAGCAUAGAAGGGGUCCACUCGCUUCUUCAGGGUGUUGUGCCCAACAUCCGCACUGGGGAUGUUUCAGGGUCCGAAGUUGUCGUUUCCUUGCCAUUCCAGGGGAAGAACGGAAUAAGGAACGACAUCGCCAAGGCGACGAGGGUCUUGGAGGAGAAUCAGAAGCUCCUAGGAUUCUCUCACUACACUUUGGAGUGCGACUCCUUGGAGAAGGUCUUCCUCAACAUGUGUUCCAGGGCUGAUAGCGGUCUUCCAUAUUCGAGACCCGAACAUGGGAGUGUGCAAAGCGUGCGUUCUAUCGGAUUGUCUCUACCUGCGGACCAGCUGGACCUGAUCGUCGAGGACACCCCCGCCGAGCCCUUUGUUCUUAAACAAGGUUUUGCGUUGCUGAAGAAGAGGCUUUGGCACUUUUACAGAGACUGGAGGUCCCCCUUGGCUGCUCUAAUUCUGCCGACAGUUUUCGUGGCGGUCGCCAUGGGAUUCUCCCUGAUCAGACCUCCAUCCCAGGACGACCCACCAUUGGCCCUAUCGCCGACGUUGUACGACACCCAUCCAACCUAUUUCUACAGCAUCGACAACGGAAGCGACCCUUUCUUGAAGCACAUUUCUCUUCAGCUUUACGACAGAUUCGGCGACGACUACGCCGGGGCUUGGCAACUCCACCCAAACGACACCGGGACCUGUGAAUGCUUUGAGGGUCGCCAGGUUUGCCAUGGACUCUCGCAACCUCUCGAAGGUCUUCUUCAGACCCUUCCCGGAAGACCAACUGCGGAGUGGAUAGUCUCCACUCAUCAGGAGUACAUGGAAAGGCGAUAUGGCGGCUGGUCGUUGUCGCACAUGGACGAGGAGCCACUCUUCAUGGUCUGGUACAACAAUAAGGGACACCACUCAUUGCCGGCGUAUCUUAACGCCCUUAACGAAGCCAUCUUCCGAGCUUCCGGUGGCCAAGGACGUCUCACCGUUAUCAAUCAUCCCCUGAAGUUGUCCAGCGACCAGCUGAACCGCACGACUCUACUGCAGCACGUUGCUGAUGUUGGGGUUGCUUUGGUGCUGCUCAUCGCCUUCAGCUUAGUCGGUGCUCAGGGAGCUCGGGAGUUGGUGCGCGAGAGGUUAUCCGAAGAAAAACGCAUCCUCUAUCUCGCAGGAGUGCAUCCCGUGACUUAUUGGACCGUCGCCUUCAUCUGGGACUUCCUGGUCUUCGGGUGCUCCAUCUUCUUGGCGGUGGUGGUCUUCGAGAUCUUCGAGCUCCCAGCUUACGUGGCGAGACAAAAUCUCGCAGCAGUCUGUCUCUUGUUGGUCCUCUUCGCGUGGGCAAUGAUACCCUUCACACACCUCGCAGAAAAGUUGUUCGACGACGCGACCCUGUCGAACAUGGUCCUCUUCUGCGUGAACACCUUCGUGGGGGUGGCAUCCUUGGCGACGAUCCUGGUGAUCGACAUCCUGGGGAAAAGUGAGGCCUCCAGGUGCACGAGGAACAUCCUGCACCACCUGCUGCUCUUCUUCCCCCAAUAUGCCCUAGGAGAUGGGCUGGUCAGGAUGGUGAAGAACGACAUCACGGCGGAGUUGCUGAAGAGGUUCAACAUGGACACUUAUCAGUCUCCUCUAGGGUGGGAGCUAAUGGGUCUCCAUUACGUCCUCCUAGCUCUGGUCGGAGUAGUUCUAAAUCUGGCCAACCUGGCGAUAGAGUGCAGACUCUUCCCACGUUGGACCCUGAAGACCGGGUCCAUCUCCUACGCGAACCUGGAGAAAGAAGAAGAAGACGUCGCCAAAGAGAGGGCCAGGGUCGAGAGAGGGAUGGACGACGACGUCCUGAGGACCCUUCGGCUCAGGAAAGAGUACUCCAGUGUGUAUGGGAUCAACGUGGCGGUUAGGAACCUCAGUUUGGGGGUUAGGACUGGUCAGUGCUUCGGUCUUCUGGGGGUGAAUGGGGCAGGAAAGAGCACCACCUUCAAGAUGCUUACCACGGAGCUGAGACCCACUUCGGGGAGGAUCUUCCUCAGGGGAAGAGACGUCGGAGAUGGACCCCUUUGCAGUGGAGAAGUGGGGUACUGUCCACAAUCCGAUGCUCUGGAUGGCUUCCUGAGUCCCCAUCAGUGCUUGACCAUCCACGGGGAAGUGUGCGGCUUGAGCGACGUCGCCAAGGCAGUCGAGACCGCGCUGGUUAGAUUCGACCUCCUCAAGUACGCCCAUCAGCGUGUGCACAGCCUCAGCGGUGGAAACAGGCGGAAGUUGUGCGUCGCCAUUAGCGUUAUGGCGCCCUCGUAUAUCGUGCUCAUGGACGAGCCAACCAGCGGCAUGGACCCGGCCUCGAAGAGCCUGGUGGCCAGGGCGGUGCACCAGGUGACAAAGAACCAGGGUUCGGUGGUGAUGACCUCGCACAGUGUGGCGGACUGCGAAAGCCUGUGCAGUAAAGUGGGCAUCCUGGCGAGGGCAGGACUCCGGUGCAUAGGGAGUCCGCAAUAUUUGAAGCACAAGUACGGCGAAGGACACAUAGCCUUCCUGAGGUUCCGCACGCCGAUGGACCCGUCCGAACUGAAGAAAGUGAUCUCCAGGUAUCUCCCAAGAGCCGGAAUUUUUUCGAGCCAAGCACUGACGGUGCGUUUGUUGGUGCCCAAAAGUCAAGACUCAACAGUUAGUGAGAUCUUCGCCGCUGUUGAGGGAUUAGCGGAGGAGCUGAAGGCAGUGGACUACACGUUGACACAGUCCUCCCUCGACCAGGUGUUAGUGAAUUUCUCCGAGGAAGCCGAAGACGAGUCGGUGGAAGUGGACGUUUUUGGCCAGGGGAGAAGGACGAGCUUUCCGAACAUGUACACCAGCAGAGAUACCAUCCACAUGGAGACAUUUUGAAUCAAGGAAGUUGUCAAAUAUUCCAAGUAUAUACUCCAGUAAAGACCCAGUCCAAGAUAGGAUACCGUGAAUGAAGAAAUUAGGCAGAAACUUUACAGCAUGCGUUCUGACAAGGGCGUCGUGGCGCCAUUUUGAAUCGGGGAAGAAGAUAGGACUUUCAAACAAGUACAUCAUCUACAAGGAUUUUUGAUUAAGGCGAACUGGCGAACAUCUCAAGUACCUCGGCAUGUACUCCAGAAGGAGACACCAUGGACAUGAAGUUUCUGGAUCAGGGGAGGUUCCUUAACGCGUACUCCAGCAAGAACGACAUCCUCAAGUACUCUUCCGGGACAUUGUCCUGGCAAGACGCGGAAUAUCGCAUUGAUCUUCCGUUAAGUUAGGGUAUAUAGGUUACUCCCGAUAAUUUUAGAACGAACCUCCUCCCCAGGGAGAUUAAUUUUUAAAAAGGCGCAAACCUCAGAGACGGGAAGUGUCGUGUCGGGUAAGGACGAAAAUAAUCCCACGAUGCGAAUCUUUACGAAACCCCGCGGGUCGACUUCUAUAUGCAGAAGUGUUAUAAAUAAAUCCCGGCAGUGCGUUCUAUGCAAUUUCACUCGUCCCGGGAGUUCCAUCAGUCGGGGAAAACGUUCGAAAAACGUUCGUUUACGGGUAAGGAAGAGAUAAGGUUGAAUAAGAACCCUCCGAUAACGGCGAGACAAAGGGUGUAUAUUUUUGUAAGAAAUUAGUUCGCAGUUUAGCGUCGACUCGUUCCGCCAUUUUUCCCGUGGAGGGCAUAACUUUCCAGACUUCCCCCGACUUCGUUUCCUCUCUUCCUUUGGGAUCCUUCCCGUGGGAUUCUUCCUGUCGAAUUAAUCCCCCUUCCUUCCGGCUCGUAAACUUCCUCCGUUUUCUCGUUUUCACUCCCAGUGAAACUCGCCAGUCGCAUCUUGGACCGCCGACCAAUCUCUAGUACUUUGUUAUUUAAUUAGACUAUGUGUACACUACUUAGGCUUGCAUUGUGAUAUUUUAUACAUAAAUAAAUACGUUAAACCCGCGUA